AUGGCAACCAAAAACUCAGUUAAAAUUCUUGAGGUUUGUAGGGUGUCUCCACCACAGAACACCGGUAGUCUCUCAGCCAUUCCAACCACUCUUCCUCUUACCUUUUUUGAUAUAAUCUGGCUAAGAUUUGCUCCAGUUCAGCGUGUUUUCUUCUACGAAACCUCUCAUACUCAAACACCUUUCCUGGAUACCAUUCUUCCAAAACUCAAAGAUUCACUCUCCCUCACCCUCCAACUGUAUCUUCCACUUGCCGGUACCCUCAUUUGGCCGAAAGACUCCCAUAAACCGAUCAUAAAUUACGCUGAGGGCGAUGCAAUUUUACUAUCUGUAGCUGAGUCUAAUGCCAACUUCUACGAUCUAUCAGGCGACAACUUUGUCGAAGCUGUCGAAUACCAUCCUCUAGUACCCCACUUGGCAACUUCCACCGAAGCUUGUUCGGUAUUAGCUUUACAAGUCACAACGUUCUCAAAUUGCGGGUUUUGUAUUGGAAUCACCGCACACCAUGCCGUUCUUGACGGAAGAAGUUCGACCAUGUUUAUGAAGUCAUGGGCUCGCAUAUGCAAACUUGGCGGAGAUGCUCUGUCCUUGGUGCCGGAGCUAACACCGUGUUAUGACAGGAUGGUCAUCAAGGAUCCGACUGGGCUGGAAGCAAUCUACCUGAACCAAUGGAUGAACGAGAAUGGUCCAAACAACAAGAGCUUAAUGGUAUAG